AUGCUCGUUCCAGCGGACAAGUUCCGUGCGCUGAGACGAGCACAUGCCGAUGGGCGGCAGGCCGGCAUGUGGGACGCCCUGAUCCGUGCAGCUGCAGCCAAUGCCAUAGCCCCCAUCUCGGGGUUCCGAGUCGGGGCGGUGGGAGUGGGGGCCUCCGGGGCCGUUUAUGCCGGCGUGAACAUGGAGUUUCCGGGCGUGCCCCUGUCGGCCUCGGUGCAUGCGGAGCAGUUCCUGGUGGUCAACGCGCUACAGCACGGGGAGACCGCCCUGCGAUACAUCGCCGUCUCUGCCGCGCCCUGCGGACACUGCCGCCAGUUCAUGGCCGAGCUGAACGAGGUGGAGGAGCUGCGGAUCUCUUUUGGAGGCACCCCCCCUUUGUCCCUAGACCAGCUCCUGCCCCAUCGGUUCCGGCCCUCCGACCUGCUGGGCUCCGGCCCGGGGCUGAGGCCCCUCCUCUCCGGCAAUCUGAAGGCCGGCGGGCCAGGCUCCAGCUCAGAUCCGGCCCCCGACGAGGCCCUCGCGGCCGUGGAUUCGUCGCUGGAUCCCGGUGUCCUGGAGCUCACACAGGCUGCUCUCGCGGCUGCAGCCCGCUGCCACGCGCCCUACUCCCUCUGCCGCUCUGGCGUGGCGCUGCGCCUGGGGGCAGAGCUCGCGGGCCCCGCCGUCAGCGGCGGCUACGUGGAAAGCGUGGCGUACAACCCCUCCCUUGGGCCGCUCCAGUGCGCACUGGUGUGCAUGCGCCUCCGGGGCCAUGCGGACUGGUCGCGCAUCGAGGAGGUGGUCCUUGUGGAGGACCGCCAGGCAAGCGUGAGUCAGGAGGCCGUCACCGCCGCCACGCUGAGGGCCAUUGCACCCCGUGCCAGGCUGCACAUCGUGCACCCUCGCUGA